CAUGACGUUAAGGAUUUUGGAUAAUGCCGAUUCUUUGGUAUUCUGUUCUUUCUCCUUCAUCUCAUUUUUUGACUAAUGACCAUGGCGGUUGUAAUCCGUUUCAACUUUUAAAUAGAUCCCAUCUCUCUAACUUAACUGAAUAAAAAAGGACAAGAGAGAGCACAAGCAUAUACUAUACUGUGACUGUGAGCAAGAGAGAUGGUAGUUACUCAGGCAUGGGGCGUGUGGAUACCCAUUUCGAGGCACUCGUGUUCUGGUUUAUCGUGCAAGAAGGGAAGCAAUCAUAGCUGCAUGCGUUCGAUUCUUCGCAAACCCAGUUGGGGUAGCUGCCGGAAUUCUACGCUUUCUUGUCGUUGCAGUAACUCUCCUUCGGAUUGGGAUUGGAAUCAAUGGACCCGCCAUUUCUCUGAAAUUGAACAGGCCGAGAGCUUUGUGUCGGUGCUCAAGCUUCAACUAGAAGAUGCAAUUGAGAGGGAGGACUUCCAGGAAUCUGCAAAAGUAAAAAAUGCUAUUGCAGAAGCAACAUCCAUGGAUGCUGUGGCUGAAAUUUUGUCCCAACUGAAGAAUGCCAUUGAUGAAGAGCGUUACCAUGAUGCAUCAAGUUUGUGUAGGCUUACUGGAAGCGGGCUGGUAGGCUGGUGGGUGGGAUGUUCCAAGGAUUCUGAUGAUCCUUUUGGAAAAGUAGUACGAAUAACCCCUGGCGUCGGCAGAUUUGUGGCAAGGAGUUAUAGUCCAAGACAAUUGGCUACAGGAUCUCCUGGGACCCCAUUGUUUGAAAUUUUUGUCAUCAAAGGUGCUGAUGAGACUUAUGCAAUGCAGGUAGUAUUGUUGCAGAGGGCAAAAGAAAAUUCAACGAGUUCCUCAUCAGCAUUGAAACCAACUGAUGAGCUAUCUGCUGUUGGCAUCAAGAGCUCACAUAUAGAAGGCGGUCAAGUGAAUGAAGAAGAGUGUGUGGAGAGACGUGAAGAGAAGAAUGUAAACAUUAAGGUUGCUAAUGAAGAAGGCAUACAAAGUGUUAUUAAUUUUCUUAAAGAUAAAAUUCCGGGGUUGAAACUUAAAGUAAUGAACUUUAAAGUUCCUGAGGAGAUAACGGGGAGCAGUGACAAUGUGGAGCAGGUAAUGCAGGAGAAUAGUGAUACUGCAAGGUCUGCUGAGAACUCUGAAAACGAAGCUGGUAACUUGGAUGAUAUCAAGCCUGAUGAGAUUGCUGUAGGAGAAGAUACCAACACAAGGGAAGAGGGGAAGAAUAUGUCCAUGAAGCUUUUUAUUGGUGGGGUUUUACAUAAUAGGGAAGAUAUCCCUUCAAAGGAUGAGUAUGUUCGCUACCCUUCUGAAAUAAAAGAUAUGAAAAGGGAUUCCUUUGUGCUUCAUGUUCCAAGUAGAAGUAAAGAUGCCGAUGUUGGUGAGAGUAAAGUGCCUGAGAUUCAAGUGGCUGCUAUUGCAGCUCAGGGUGUUUCUGAGCUCAUGCCUCUUGAUCUUGCCAAGGCAUUUUGGAAUGUGGAUAAAGUUUCUUCUAAGGCUUCUAGAGAUGUCCGUGAGAUUGUCAAGCUUGCUGUUACUCGGGCCCGAAAGAGGAACACACUUUCUGGUGAUACAACUUUUAGUCGGAUUAUGAUUUCCAAAGAUAAUUUAGAUCCCUUUGAUGGGUUGUAUUUGGGAGCAUUUGGCCCUUAUGGCACGGAGCUCAUGCAGCUAAGACGUAAAUAUGGUAAUUGGCAUGGGGUGGAUGACAUAGAUGAGUGUUCAGAUGUUGAAUUCUUCGAAUAUGUUGAGGCAGUAAAGCUGACUGGAGAUCUAAAUGUUCCUGCUGGCCAGGUUACAUUUCGUGCUAAAAUUGGAAAAGAGAGUCGUGUACCAGGCCGGGGGAUGUAUCCAGAUGAGCUAGGAGUGGUUGCUAGUUACAAAGGUCAAGGGAGGAGAGCUGAAUUUGGGUUCCAAAGUCCACAAUGGGGUGAUGGUGAACUACUCCAGCUGAGCAGCAAGGGCAUGGGACCAUAUGUCAAAGGUGCAGACCUUGGGUUCCUCUAUGUUGUUCCUGAACAGAGCUUCCUUGUGCUGCUCAACCGCCUGAAACUACCAGAAUAAUGUCUGCCAACAUGUUGAAAGAACAUGUUGCUGCUUCCGAUCGCAUCUUACUUACAAAGCAUAGGGUUUGGCAAGAAAAGGUAGUUUUCUAUAUGUAGAAAUGUGAGCUCUUAAUUUUUAUUUGUAUGGAAUUUCCCCCAUAUUUUUUAUGGGGUAUUCAACCUUCCCUGAGGUGUGUAUUAUAUUGCGGCUGAAAUAACAGUAAACCACAGUGCCAUACGAGAGUAACUUGUUUCUUUGAAAUCGUAUUCACCAUUUUAACUUGAUUUCUGUCCUUUCUUC